GAAGGCACAAAGCGAAACUUUCUAUAAUAGACCUAACCUAAACCUCAAGGCCUUCGAACGACUACUGGGCAUAGCAGCAAUAUCCAAGGUUGUGGGAGUGACACGGAGGUGGACUCAGUCAUCAGGAUGGCGGCGGACAGUAACAAGGAUUCGCUGCACUACCGCCGCUCGUUGGUCAUCGCACCCAAAACGACCACGCAGUUCAACCAGUUCCUGCCCACCAAGGACAAGCCGGCGGCCUACGUGCCAGCGCCGCUCCGCAAGAAGCGGGCCGAGCGCCACGAGGACAGCCGCCGAAGCUGGGCCAACCCCAUGUACACGGAGGAGGAUGGCACCUUCACCAGGUCCGAAUCCUCCAACAACAGAUGCAUAUCCCAGGAUUCCCUGCCCGCCGCCCAACUGCAGUGGGCGUACGAGUACGAGAGUGGCAGUGACGAUGAUUCUGACACCGAGCGGCCGGACCCCGACCUCGUUCUGGACGACCUGGCCAGCCGGCGCUUCCACAGUCCCUCCCCUGCCCUGCCUACCAACUUCGCACUACCAAUCGGUCCUGUGGAGGCCGGGAAUGCCGUGGGAUUAGGAGGAGGGGGAGGAGUGGUUUCAGUCGCGAAAGGAGGGACCUGGCCAACGGUCACAAUGACCACAAACACGAACGCCCCACCGCCGCAGACAGUGACCUGCCUCAGGAGCAAAUCAAUGUCAGACCUUGCGGUGGACCAGGAGGCCCUGAAGCAGYUGCGCUACGAGGAGCUACAGAAGAUCAGAGAGCAGGUCAAGGAGAACGAAGACCAGUGGCAGGAUGAUCUCACCAAGUGGAAGAACCGUCGCAAGAGCUUCAACUCUGAUAUUGUGAAGAAGAAAGAGGAGAGGGAGCAGACCACAGCGAGCAGCGGAAUAGGGAGCCGCGGUUUCCAGGAUUCCAAUCGGAGCUCCAUCGGCAGUCGCCUCAACUCCCUCGCCUCUCUGGACCAGGACGUGUUUGAAGACUCCGCCCCGGUCCUCCGCACCCUCCCUCCGAGGAGCUACACCUUCGACAACCCCUACACCCCUCUUGACCGCCUCAGACCCACUAGCUCCUCCGUGCUAGAGGCGUGCGCUGCCACCACGGCAACCAACAGGGCUGUCUCGCCUUCUAGGGUCAACAUGAGUGACAGUAUCGACAGUCCCUUCGGUUCUGGUAGCGACACCACCAACAACACUACCACUGUGGGUCGCACCUCCAACUACAACCCCUACGUUCAAGCCCCGAAUCCCUCWGAGAGAGCCCCAAGCCUGGCCUCACGGUACACCAGUGCAGCCAAGACGGAGGAGACCUUCAGCACCAGCACCACCACCACCCCUAGCCUACUACCCAAAGCGCACGAGCCCAGUCGCCCAUGGCUGGGGAAGGUGUCUGAAGAAGUGACCCCAUCCACUGGUGGUGGCUCUCUGUACAAACAACAGCCACAGUACAACUCGGUGGUGAUGGACCCACAGCCCAUGCCUCCUGGUGUGUCUCGGGUUUCUGCCUCUCUCCCCAGGAGCUACAUGAGACCGGACAGUGCUCGGCUCACCUCUGUCGUCAUGCCACGGCCCUUCGGGAGCCAGUCCACAAGCGUCGCAUCACUGCCCCGCGCCUACACCGCUCCUCUGAUGGCUGACUCUCAGAAAAGUGUGAACGGAGAGACGGAUUUCACCAAGAAGCCGUCGGACCCCAGCCGCUAUAUCCAGGUCAUGACCUCUGAGGACAAGGCGCACUCCCUCUCCAGCUCUGCCCACAGCAGUGAAGAAGAAGAAGAAGAAGAAGAAGAAGAAGAAGAAGAAGAAGAAGAAGAAGAAGAAGAAGAAGAAGAAAGGGGUGUGACCCCCACACUUGCCACAACACUUGCCCCUACCCUGGCCCCUUCUCCUGUCCCUUCUCAGGCCAGGAGUCCUUCACCCGCCCUCCAGACCCCAAAAGUGGCCUACCCAGCCCCAGUCAGUCCGUUACCUACAAAAGACACAAACCAGGAGAGCUACGCUGACAUGCGGAUCAGUCUCAACCAGAAGCCCAACAGCAGUCGAGACUUUGGCUUCCAGGCAGAUUGGGACUCCACUGGAGCACACAUCACCUCCAUCCAACCAGGCAGCCCAGCAGAGCUGUGCCAACUGCAGGUGGGCGACGAGGUGCUGUCGGUGAGCGGGCAAAGGGUGGCAGAGAUGAGCUACGGCAAGUGGAAGAGCAGCACAGAGCAAGCUCUGCAGCAGGGAAGCCUUACCAUGGACAUACGACGUCACGGCAGGAACAACUGGGACAGAGACCUACCUUCCCUGCCGUUUAAAAGCCACAAGACCAUCAAUCUGACCAGUAUGGAUCAUCAUCCAACAGUUAUAGGUUCCCCCGACACAACCACCGUUAACGCAACCACCCGCUUGGAUUUCACCUCUCGGGGAUCCAUGGAAACCAUCAAGAAGGUCACUACCCAACCAAUCAUUGAUAUGGCAUCCAAUGGAGUGAAUGGAGGCUUCCGUGACGAGACAGUGACCGUGAGAAACAAAGAACCCAUAUCCAUGAAAAAUUUAAAACGGAGGUCAGAGUUUUUUGAACAAGGGGGAUCAGAGUCAGCAAAAUCAGACAUGCCCGUUGCCUCCAUCGCUCCCUCCUCUAACCGCUUGUCCUGGGACCCGGAGGAGGAGCGCAGGAGGCAGGAGAAAUGGCAGAAGGAGCAGGAGAGACUCCUACAGGAGAAAUACCGUCGUGACCAGGAGAAACUGGAGGAGGAGUGGCGUCGGGCCCAGCAGGAGGCUGUGACAGAAGGGGGAAGACACCACCAAGAGGAGCCGAGAGACCUGAAGAUGGACAGCAGGAGUAUCAGCCCCCACUCCCCCCUCCGCCAGCCUACCACGCCCUGGGAGGACGAGGAAGCCCAAGAGGAGGAAACACAGCGAAGACAGGAGGAGGAAGAGAGGAGGAGAGUGGAGGAGGAGCAGCAAAAGUGGGAGGAGGAGAGGAGGACGGAGGAGGAGGAGCGAGAGCUGCUGCGUCUUCAGGAGGAGAGGAAGAGGAGGGAGAAGCAGGAGGAUGAGGAGAGAAGACAGAGGGAAAAGGAGGAGCUGAGAUGGCAGAGGAGGAAGGAGGAGGAGAGGAGGCGCCAGGAGGCUGCUGAACAGCAGCACAGGGAGAAAGAGAAAAUGCAGGAGCAGCAGCAAUGGGUCGGGGACUCCUAUGGCUAUGCCAAGGCCCAGCCUGAGAUAUCCAUGGCAGACAGGGCAAAGUCGAAAUCUACUCCCGAGCUGGACGACGUGGAGAAAACAGAGACUAAAGGCCGGUAUGGCAGCUCGGGGGGCAUGGCCCAGAGGUUACUGGAGGAGGAAUUGAGACGUAAAGCAGACAAAAAGGCCCAGAGUCUCCGAGCUGCGUCAGAGCUGGAGUUGGAGAGGAGAGACAUCCUAAACGCCAUGAGAUACAGAGAGCCAGAAAGAGUGACUAGCAGCGGUGGGAUAGGCGAAGGAUUGGGGAGGAAGGGCCAGCAGAGCGUACCCCAGGCGGAGCUGGAGAGGCAGCAGAUCCUGCAGGAGAUGAAGAAGAAGACCAACCUGGUCACAGACAACAGCUGGAUUCGCCAACGCUCCACCAGCACCACCACCAGCAAGGACCCCACUGCCAGCCCCAUCAGGAGAGGCGAGUCUCUGGACAACCUGGACACCGAGCCCCGUUCUUCCUGGCGCUCGUCAUGGACACCGGGAAGCACCUCGUCCAUCCCCAACUACAGCCAGCCUCCUUUAGCCCUUUCUGGCCUCAAAACUACAUCCUCCUAUGGCGGUGUUGCCUACGGUGGUGGUGGAUACAGCGGCGGGGUCGGAAGUCGUCCUGGCUUAGCCACCCUGCCCUCCUCCCUCUCCAUGAGCUCCCUCAGAGAGGCCGGGGGGUGUAACCUAUCUUCCUGGUCCCUGCGCUCACCAUUGCCAUCCCCCACCACUUCUCUUGGCCCAGAACCCGAGUCACGCCCAUCCUCACAGCAACGCAGCAGGUCAGUGAGUGGCAAGAAAGUCUGUACGUUCUGUGACACGGUGCUGGGCAAGGGAGCCGCCAUGAUCAUCGAGUCCCUGGGACUCUGCUAUCAUUUGACCUGUUUCAAGUGCAUCGACUGUAAGUCUGACCUAGGAGGAUCGGAGGCCGGAGCUGAGGUCAGAAUACGUAAACAACAGCUCUACUGUAACUCCUGCUACAUGCGAUUCAAAACUGGACAGCCAACAUUGUGACAACGCACUACUUGACAACAACCCAUGACCACUGCAACCAGCCGUAACUUCAGAUGUAUUAAUGUGUUUUGUGAUUUGACAAAAAGCCCUGAUUCUUCAAUUAACAACUAUCUUAUUCUUUAUUUCUACUGUACGCUUGAGAGGGUGAGAUUGACCAAAAAAGUGAAAAUGUUGAUAUCAACGUAUUAUUUUAACCAAUUGCUUGUAUAAAGUAGGAGGGAUGUGCAUGCACCUGCGAGUUUUAGACUUUUAGCUGAAAAUAGGGUUGGAAAAUUCUGAAAACUUUCCCAAAUUUCAUGGGUUUAUCAGAAAUCACUGGUGGGGGGUUUUGGAAAUUUUGCAACCCUAACGAAACAAUACUGGAAAUUGAUUUUGGUCUUGUUCAUGAGAUUAUUGAUCCUGAUUACUUCAUAUUUCAGAGAUUUCAUGUUAGGCUGGGGGGGAAGUCUGCGAUUUAUUCUCAUUUUCGCCUGCAAAUGUUUUAGUUACAACAAGUUUGUUGUUGACUCUAUUUUUAUCGAUGUGCCUUUUUUGUUUGUGAUGGGGGGAGAUUAUUUAAAGUGAAUGGAUUGAAAAUAUAUUUAAAAACUAGCAUGAUUUGUUAGAGAGAGAACUUAUUGGGGAGUUGUUGUUUCGCAUGAAUCUUAUACAUUUUAGGAGUUAACAUUUUUGGGGGGCUGAGAAAAAUGUAAAUCAUUAUAAUGUAUGGCAUUAAGGCAAAAUUUGUAAAUAAAAUGAGUAAAUCGUG